AUGAGCGCGCGAGUAGAUGCCGAUCUUUAUUACGUACGAGAUGGCGUCGUAAACGAUUACGCAUUGAAUUUUGUUAUACUCAUACCAUCGCAUAUUAGUGCCUUAUUUUUUACGUGGCAAAGUCUGGCAGGAAAAGCGUUAAAAUACAACAUUGCUCUACAGUUAUCAAAUUCGAGAAUUUUAAUAAAUCCGAAAUUGAAUAUUUCCCACUCCGGUUUCGUACCCAUAACCCUUCAAACUUUUACCGUCGAACUCCCGUGUUCGGGAUUGGCGGAUGCUGAAAUCGACAUUCGUCUUAACGUUACCAUCACGAUAAACAAAGCGAACAAUACGGUGACGCAUUUGAUGUUUAAAAGACGGAAAAUAUGUCUUAAAGAUUCCAAAACGACGUCCGAUGAUAGUCAACAGAUUGUGCUCAUCGAUACGACUCCAGCUCCAAAUAUUUUUUACAUUGCUGUCGGUUGCGCUUGCGCUUUAAUCGCAGUCAUUGUCACCAUGAUAAUUGCGUACUACGUGAAAACAAAAAAAAUAAGACGUGGAAUGUUGCAGGAAUCGAGAAACGAAUCCGCUUGUUCGGGACAGGGACACGCGACAUUUUUACCCGUCGAAAUGGCAAACAACAGAACGGGUACUUCCCUGAGCAGUUGUAAAAGCAUAACGAGUUAUGCGAGUUUCAAAAGGAUGCCGAGUUAUUCGGUCAUUGAAGACAAACAAAAAGAUAAAGAUCUGAGUGAAAGAAUAGCCGAAUUGUCGAUUCCCAAGUGUCGGAUAAGGUUAAAAAGUAUUAUACUCGAAGGUACUUUUGGUAAAGUGUACCGUGGUACCUUCGCCGAAGAAGACGGCGGAGAAGAGGAAAUAAUCGUCAAAACAGUAUUAGAACAUGCUUCUCAAACUCAAAUAUCCGUCUUGCUGCAAGAAGGAAUGUCUCUCUACAAUUUAAAUCACAAAAAUAUAUUGUCGAUAUUGGGAGUAUCCAUCGAAGAACAUUCUUCGCCCUUUCUCGUUUACCAUUACCAAGGAUAUACAAAUUUAAAAAGGUUCCUACAGAAAUGUAAAGUUUGUCCAGAAGGUAUAGCUCACGCUCUAACGACUCAAGAAGUUGUCGACAUGGCUUUACAAAUUGUUCACGGUUUACAAUAUUUACAUAAGAAAAAAAUCAUUCAUAAAGAUAUCGCGGCUCGUAAUUGCGUGGUCGACGAUAAAUUAAGAGUUCAAAUAUGGGACAAUGCACUGUCGCGAGAUUUAUUUCCCGCGGAUUAUCAUUGUUUGGGAGACAACGAAAACAGGCCCAUCAAAUGGCUCGCAAUCGAAAGUUUAACGUUGAAAACAUUUUCGACAGCGAGUGACGUGUGGUCGUUCGGGGUGUUACUCUGGGAAUUGACAACCCUUGCUCAGCAACCCUAUUUAGAAGUGGAUCCAUUCGAAAUGGCUGCGUAUUUAAGGGAUGGAUACAGGUUGACGCAACCCAUAAAUUGUCCCGACGAAUUGUUUGCCGUUAUGGGUUAUUGUUGGGCGAUGUCCAUCGACGAACGACCCACAUUCACUCAAUUAAAUAUCUGUCUUCAAGAAUUUUAUGCUCAACUUACGAGAUACGUUUAG